ACGUGCCUAGAAUCUAGCAGACGAAUUUGCGUUUGUGUGUCGCACUUGUUCUCGUAAAAAGUGAGGCUAAAUUUUUCGUUCUGUUUACGUUUUUCUAUUAUUAUCAUUAUCAUUUAUUAAAAAACAAAAAUCACUCGACCGUAACUCGUGUCGAGUGGACACACAGUGCAAUAAUGUUACGCUCAUUGUUAACGUUGCAACGCUCGAUUCAACGGAACACCGGCACGACGUUCGUUCGUCAUUUGAACGAAGAUCGCGUGAAGCGAACCUUUCAAUAUCGCAUACAGAAGCAUUUUGACGAGAUUUUAAAAAAACAGCCAGAAAAGAAUGAAGCUGUGUCAACGAGAAUCGACCACCUCAUGACGGACAACAAACCGGCUCCACGGCCGGAAAAUUUCAAUCAAGAAUAUCAGCAAUGUCAAGUGGCUCUGGCGAAUUUUAAAGAAAUUCGCGAUAAUGUCGUUAUACGAGAAAAACUUAUAAACAUGGAUUACAAACUUUCAAAUAUAUUGAUUCACUUGAAACCGCAUGAAAUAUUUAGAUUUCUUGCAUCUCUCAGUAGUAUAUCCAGAUUGGAAUUGACAGCCAUGGAAUUUUAUGAAAAGGCUAUGGCAAUUUUGAUUCAGUUAGCAAUGACUGGUACACUGAAUAAUCAUGAACUUGUUCAGCUGUUGUAUUUUGUUUCCUUGAAAAGUCAUAACCAGGAACAGAUUGAGAAUCUAAAGCCAUUCUUACCAGAUAUUGACGAUCUCUGUUUAAUGGAAAAGUGCAUAGUGGCUUGGGUAAUGCAAAAAUCAUCAAUUAAGUUGCAUCUAAGACAAGCUAAAAUGUUGGAAAAAGUUGUUGAAGAAGACUUUAAAAGUAUCAUUGAUGAUCCUCAAUUAUUUGUUCCAAUAUGCAAGAGUGUUAUUAUAAGUGAGGCAAGCGAUAGUUUAUGUUUACAAAAAUUGAGUGAUGCUAUUUUGACAUCAAACAAAGAAACAAACAACUUGAAUUUUGGUGCUGUAGCUCACACUUUAGCUCUGUACGCUGAUGCUUUAAUUAUGGACUCAAAAGUUGUUGAUUCACUUGUCAAAACGGGUGUAAAAGCAAUUCAAAAUGAUAUGAAUACAAAUAAAAAUAUGUUGCAAAUCUCUGAUGUAAAUACAUUUUUAUGGAGUUUGAGUCACCUAGGAACAAUUUUGUCAUUGAGUGAAAAAUUAAUUGUGAGAAGUUUUGUUGAACACAGAUGGACAGAAUAUACAUCAAAAGAUAAUCUUGGAAUGUUAGUUGAUAGUAUGCUAAGUUUAAAUAUGCUUAGGUGUUGGAGUACAAAGCUAUUGAAAAUUUGUUUAUCGGAAAACUUAUUCGCACCAGUCAUUAGGAGAUCAUACCAUUGGAAAAUACAAACAAAGCUUCAGUUACUAAUAGCACAAAUCUCUCUUGAAAUGAAGAUGAGAGUGCCAAAGUCACUCGUAAAGCCCUUGAAAGUUGGUUACAGAAUUUCAGAUCGCUUAGAAAUUGUAAAAAAUGUAGCGAAUAAACUUGUGGCAAGGGGACUGAUCAGUCAGAUGAUAAUCGAGUGCCCUGUCAAAGCGAUUGUUAUUCCCGGUGUGACGCUGAUCACCGAAAAAGAAAUUUAUCACAUCGAUGUAUUGGAUAAUUCAACUUGUUUAAAAAACACAUUUAUGCCACACGGAUUGAUGAAUUUAAAAUUGCGCCUUUUGUCGCGCUUGAGACUGAGACAAAUUAUGAUCAAAGCAGAUGUUUUUAAUUCGGAUAUCCAAAUCGUUGAAAGAGAAAUCGAAGAUAUUAUACUGCUCAACAUAAAGCAUGGAUCAGCUUUAAAUGUCAAGCAUUUAAUAAGCUUCGAAGUAUGACCAAAAGAUGAGUCCACGAUCUUAAUGAUUUUGU